AUGACAUAUGAACGAGUUGCACGACAUCAGCACGAUGGAAAGCCACCAACGAAUAACGAAAACCUCUUUGCCGGGCUACGCAACGACACAAUGAAUUCAACUGUUGGUCAACCGAAUGCGAUUCCGGUCACGUUGAUUUCAGUCCUUGAAGGGAUUCCCUCAGUCGAUGAUGAAAACUGGGAUUUGGCGACAGUACAUGAGAGGUCAUCACUAGAGGCCAGCUUUCUAGAGUAUAUGGAGAAAGUGCAAACAGAUCAGAAGAAGUGA